GCGGGGGUGAUUGCUCCAGCCCAUCCCAUUCGACUUCGUUCGAUGUCGCAACAUGCACUGCUGAGGCCUGGGAUUGAUGCGGAGCUGUCCACGAAGAUCGUGCGACAGGCGUUGCGUCUGCUUUGGCACUGUGGGAACUCCACGCAGGGCCGAGUGGAAGCCAUCCAGGCCAAUGGAGCUGCAUGUAUCACCCAAUUCUUGUCCCACCACGACGCCAAAGUGCGAGAAGCCGCGGUGUGCGCCUUGAAUGUGAUCUCUCUGGAGACGCGAGGGAAGAAAGACGUGUUGGAGCACUCCUUGGAAGCGAUCGGCAGGAUCAUCCACAGCGAGUCAGAAACCACCUACUUGCACGAGACCUGUGUGCAGCUCUGCCGCUCCGCCGCUGAGUUGCCGGCCUUUCGGUUCGCCUUCGCGCGCCACGUACUGAAGUCCAUCUGGCUGUUAGAGAAGGUCUUUGGCACCUGCGCAUUGGCAGCGAUUAGCCCAUUGCUCAGCUCCCAGGAGGACAUGGAGACGCGGAUCCAGGCCACGGUGGUGGCCGAGCACUUCCUCACGCAUGGCAAGCCAAUCCCUGUGGGGGACGACAUCCGCGUGUGCGUCGAUCCGUUGAGCAACGUGGAACGGCCCAACGUUUACGGCUUCGAGGAGUGCGUGGACAUUCUGCAGCACUUGGUGGAGCUUUUAGACCACACGCCCUCGGCCGCCGUGUGCCUCAAGGCCUUGGUGCAACAGGAGAGGCCACGGGAGGAGUUGGCCAAGUUGCUGAGGGCUGGACUGCUGGUGCACACGGCGAGCCAGCAGGGCUUCGUGGAGUCCUUGGCGCUGGAGGACAAGGACCAAGCAAAGAAGUUUGCCAAGGAGGAGUUGUUGGAAAGCUUCGAGGGCCGCAGAGGGAUGCGAUACUUAGUGGCGCUGCAACUGGCCAUGGAUGCUGGGGUGGACCCUGAGGAGAUUCCCUGCGUCUACAGUUUGCACAAGAUGUCGGAGACCUUCCAGGUGCCUUCCACCGAGGUCACCACCGUCACCGCGCAGCUGUGCUUCAUCUUGGAUUACACGGGGUCGAUGCGGACGCAGAUCGCGCAGGCCAAAGAAAGCGUCCAGAAGAUCAUCGAGUCUGUCAGCCGUCUGCAGCUGCCCUGGCCGAAUGCCAGCAUUGAUCUAGAGAUGUCAGCGGUGGCCUACAACGAUUGGGACAGUGACACGGCCAAGUUGGGUCGGCCGGUGGUGGCCGCCUUUGGCGGGAAGGAGAUCAAGCGGGAGCAUGAUUCGAGCCUCACGGCCGCCGACUUCAACCUGGGCGGCACCUUCACCAAGGACGCGGCGGCUUUGCGCAGCUUCAUCGACCAGGGCCUUGGGCACGGAGGACAGAUCCCGGAGGAGCUCACAGGCGCCUUGUUGGCUGCGUCCUACUUGCCAUGGACGGCGCAAGAGAAGCUCGCGGUGAUCAUCACCGAUGCACCCUGCCAUGGCAAGGACUACAGCAGUGUGGUUCACGAUCCCUUCUGCGAUCCGAAGACUGGGCUCACCUGCACAGGCAAACCGGAAGUACCUCUACGUCGCUUCAUGUCCAAGGGCGUCACGGUGGUGAUCCUCCACACAGGAGAAGCGCAUACUGUGUCGAUGUGCAGAAGACUGCAGGACACUGAUCCGCGUUUGAUCCAUGAGAAGGUGAGCCCCACAGAGACGGCAGAGAAGUUGGUCUCUCUGAUAGAGGCGAAGCUGCAGCUGCAGCCCUUACACUAUGUCUUAAAGCCCUAUCGCUUGGAGCAAGGCGAGGAGGCGAAUUCCAACGAUGCUCCACUGGAGUUGGCCACCGGCCAUGAGCUGGAGGUGGAAGACGAGAGCCGGACGGAGAGAUAUAACACCGGCUCAGAAGGUUUGCUCUUCUUGGGCAAGCGCGGUGCUCCAAAAUUGACGCUGCGCCGCCCUGGAGAUGUCUCCUUGGAUCAGUACUUCACCGCACAGAGCGACCAGGUGGAGAUCAAGGGCAAGUUCGAUGGCCGAAAAAGCUACUUGCUCAGGAUGCCUGCCAAGUAGACAGCGGCAGUCAUGGGCAGUCCUGGCGGGUGUGAGGGGAAGAAAAACCACAUUGAGUGCCUUUUGAUUGAAUUGUACAGCAAAAGAGACCUAGCCUCAUUGGACCAAGUUUUUAUACCUUUGGUAACUGCCAAUGAAUGCCCAGAGCUUGGUG